CUUGAUUUGACUGCCAUUUCCCAGUCAACCUUUGUAAUCUCUUCACUCGCUUAUUCUUAUAUACUCCACCACAAGAUACCUGACCUCCUCGGUUCUCUCUCCCCCAAAACAUUGUAUGGAUUGAAAGAGUGUGAAAAUGGAAGAUUUAAUCCAAUUAGCGAGUAAUUAUUCAUUAUCUGGGCUGAUGGAUUAUUCUGCUGAAGGUGAAAAGAGCUCAUUAGGGUUCAUGGAGUUGCUGAAUAUGCAAGAUUUUGGGCCUUCAUUCUUGGAUAUUUUACAAGUACCUUCUGAACCCUUUGUUCAGACUCAGACUCCGACGGUUUUUCAGGAAUCAUCAGAAGUGGUGAAUAUCCCAAAUGAUUCCUCUAUUUCUUCAGAAUCCUGUGGUGGGCCAAAUGAUGAGCAGAAUAAAGAGGUACUGUAUGGAGAAGGAGAAGAAGAACACAAGGCCAAGAAACAGUUGAAGCCCAAUAAAAAAAGACAGAGAGAGCCAAGGUUUGCUUUUAUGACAAGGAGUGAGGUGGAUCAUCUGGAAGAUGGGUACAGAUGGAGAAAGUACGGCCAAAAAACUGUAAAGAACAGCCCAUUUCCUAGGAGCUACUAUAGGUGCACCACUGCUUCGUGUAAUGUUAAGAAAAGAGUGGAGAGAUCUUAUCAUGAUCCAAGCACAGUGGUGACUACAUAUGAAGGUCAAGACACUCAUCCAAGCCCUGUAAUUGCCCGGCCAAACCCUGCCGUUGCACUUGCUUCUGACCCCGCCUUUUUUUCCGGUGGAGCCACUGCAUUCUCACGGCCUGCUCAAACUCCAAUAUCCUAUUACAAUUACUCGACGGCGGCGAAUUAUCCUUCUACUUUACUAAGAGACAUUGGACUACUUCAAGACAUUAUGCCAUCAUCCAUUAUUAGGAAGGAAGAGUAAAUGAAUUUUAAUUCUUUUAUGCUUAUCUCAGACCGUCGGACAGUAUAUAAAUUGAGGACGACGAGGAGUUGAUGUAAUGAACCUCCAGUGCUGCUUGUAUGUACUUUGUAACACAAUGUUCCCGUUUCCAGCGCCAGAGAUAGACUUUAGUGAUUAUUAUUCAAGGUCUGAAUAUUUUCCUUUUUUAUUUUAUACUUGUUUUUCAACUGCCUUUUAUCAGCGACCAUAGGAUAUUCGUUUUCUUUUA